UGAUCCAUCUUGUCUAUUGCUGUGUGCAAUGCUAUGAAUGAGGUUCUUUUGCUCAGGGUAUGAUGUAAUCCUCAAUUUGAUUACACAUGCUGUGAUCCAAGAUUAGUGUUUUGAGCCAUGCAUGCCAUUUAUAGGGGUCAUGACAUCGCUUAUUGAUCUUUUAAGAUUGCCACAGAUGUAUUCUCUAGCAUAUCAUUAUAUAUAAUUAGGAUUUAACCUAGUGCUUGUAGUGGAGCAUAUGGUGAUGACUCUGAGUGUACAUUUAAAAUUUGAUUUUGAGUUGCCAAUGUAGUCUCAAGCUUUUAUUUUGAAGACCUGAUUAUUAUGGUUGUGACAUUAUCUUAUGUGUCCUUUAUAUUUUGGUGUUUACAAAUUAUAUGCGUUAUUUUAAAGAUCUUUGUUGUGUAUAUGUUGUCAUGGGAACUAUUAUAUUAUUUGACUGUCUCUCUUCCGUGGACCUGAACUUCCUUAGUAACUCAUUUUCUGUGGAACUUGAUGUUUGUUGGACAGGAGAUGGGGUACAAGGUGAGUCCAACUUAUAUAAUUCGGCUGCUAUUUUGUUAGCUACCCUGAACUUUGAACAUAAAAUUGUUGCAUUUCGAGAGCAAACACUAGGAUUUUUGGUUGCAUUUUUAUAAUGAAUUUCUCAGUACUGUUCAAUAAUACCUCUAUAAUCCAAUCCUUCUCUUGAGUAUGUUAUUGGGUAACUUUUAUUUUCCGUGGGCAAGCCAAGUUUUAUCCAUGUCUUAUACAAGUAGAUUGCUGUGAUCUCAGCCUUCUUUUCCCUUGUUUGGGCUAAUAAUGUUCUGCAUGCCUUGUCAUAGGGAUUUGCCUCUGAGCAUGACUCUUCAUGUGCAGUCCACCUUGGAAACAUACUAUGAUAUCCUUCAUGUAAGGGAGGACGCAAGCUUUGAUGAGAUCCGCCAAAGCUAUAGGUUAGCCUUACUCCAGUCCCACCCUGAUAAACUGUGCAAAUCAUCUGAAAUGCCAAAAUCAGUUGACAAUGUAGAUGAUAGAUUCAUGAAGGUCCAAAAGGCUUGGGAAACCCUUGGGGAUUUACGAUCACGUGCUCUCUAUGAUGACAAAUUAAGAAGUUUGAGAUGUGAUGAAUUAGUUGCGGAAGAUGUUGCUUUGGACGACAUGAUGGUUGAGGAUGGGGAAGAAUUGGAUUUCUGUUAUCAAUGUCGAUGUGGUGAUUUUUUUAUGAUUAGUUGGUCCGAGUUGGAAGAAAUGGGUUAUGUGCUGUGUAGGGAUCCUGAGGAUGAGAUUUCUGUUCGGACCGUUGAAGGUUUGCCAGGCUGUGUUAUUCUUCCCUGCAGUUCAUGCUCUCUGAAAAUCCGCUUAUUGAUCAAUACCAAUAGUAAAGUAAAGCUAUAGAAGCUGCAUAACCCUUGUUGGUUGGCCCCGAGCUCUCCAAAUUUGUCUUUUGUGAAUGUUUAUGUCAGUGCCCCAACUGUAAUGAACUGAUAUUUUUGCCCUUCAGCAUAGCAAAAGGCUUGUGGACUUGUGGUCAGCAAUCUCAUUCUUUACCAGAAUUCCCUCAUUUUUUAAAAAUCAAUCUCUUAUGGGGUGGAUGGCGCAAUAGGAACUUUCACCAUGGGUAUUGCAGUGGCAAGGAAUUUCCAUCUACUCUGUAAUAUAUGGUGAAUUUGAAGUCUGAGAUACCUUCUGUUUUCUUGGUUAUAUGAGUACUCCGUAAUAACAUAGAAUCCCCUGAAGCCAUGGGCCUAUAUUCCCAGGUUAGGGAUCUAGUUUGAUUGUUUCUGGAUGCUUUUAGCCUUCAAGGUUCUUUUCAAAAAAAAAAAAAAUAAUAAUAAAAAAUAAAUAAAUAUCUGUUUAUUUUCACCAAAAUUUCCCGUUUGAUAUUAUAGCAUUUUUGCAUUUUGGAUAUCAACUUGCAUUUUGUGUGGUCUCUUAUAUACGCGUUUGUAUAUCAAUAUCUUUAGUUUUAAAUUACUCUGCAGUAAAUAAAUAAAACAAGAAUAAAAAUUGUUAAAAAAGCACACAUAAAGAUAAAUCUAGUGGGAAUUCACAUGAUUACAUUUUUUUUGUCUCGUAUUUGAUGUUGAAGGCAAUCAAAGUUCUUGAUGAAGUUUGUUAGUAUGAAAUGUAAAUAAGUGAUUUAAAAAUGAAAUACCAAUAUUUAAAUUAGGAAAAUAUCAUUAUGGUAAUAUCUAAUUAUCUAUGUCUUACCUAUAAUUAUCACCAGAUUUUAAAUGUCAUUGAAUUGUGCAAAAUACCCACUUCUAGAGGGAGGGGAGGAAAUACUAAAAGUCCCAAAAAAAAAAAUAUUAACAAUCCAAAAAAAAAAAAAAAAAAAAA